UGACAAGAUAUACCUGUCCUCGUCAUAUGUAAACAGAAAAGUAAACAGCAGUAAACACUAAUAAAAAUAUGGCGUCAAAUGUGUGCAGCAGCGACAGUUUAAACGACUCGAGUGAUAAUGAGCGUUCGCCGUUUUUUGCCGGAGAAUCAACCGAAGAUGAAUUCAUCAGACACAAGCUUCGUUAAUAAGCUAGCGAAUCGUCAGAUAUUAGGCAAAUUCGCCAAUGAAUCACAUAGUAAAUCUAAGACUGAACUGCCCUUCAAACACAUUCAUCCUGAGAAUGUCUUCAUAUUGGAUGACUUGUUUGAUUACUCUGAAUCACAAUAUAUGGUUCAUAUUUAUAUGGGUUUCACAAUCUGUGGCCAGUAUUUUGUAAGUUACAAGGAGAAUAUUGAUGAUAUGUUAGGGCUCUCUCCACUGGUUAGUUAUGAAUUGUAUGUGUGGAGGUUUGUGCCUGGCAAGAGGUUUGCUUUCCACAGCAAGCACAAGAUAUUCAAAUUGCUCAAACAUGGAGAGUUGGAUGAGAUAACAUUCAUGCAAUACCCGACUGAUCCCUACAAAUUGUAUUGUUAUGGUGUUGUGAAUAAUUUGACUCCUUCAAUGUCUUAUUUAACCAUUCUAACACUGCCAAUAAGUGAUAAUUGCAGAUUUUGCAAUGAAAAUGUUAGACAAAUUGAUGAUUCCCUGUCCCAAGGCUGGUGUUUGACUCAUGGCUUUAUGCUGCAUUACAUGUUUACUAUGUCGCAACCGGCUCCGACGUUUGACCCAAAUGUGUCCCUUGCCUUCCCGGAUUAUUUCGUGAUUAACACCGGUUACUACAUCCACAUCCUAAAUACCUCCUGCUAUAAGCCGCCCUUGCCCACCAUGCCUUUCGUGCCGACAACGAAUUCCGAUGAAUUGACGCUCAAGCAACACUUCCAAAGCGCUGAUACGCUCUCCGAGGCAUCAGAGACAAGCGAUAAUUUCAGCGCCAACAGUAUUGUCGAGGCGAUCCUCGAAGACUUCCGGGACGAUGAUUUACUUGACACGGGUGAUGGUACCAAACCGUUUCACGAGUUGAAUAUUAGUUGCGAGCCGCUGAACGUCACAGGCAAAAGCUACCACAACGCAUUAGUGCAGAAGGGAAUUGUAGAUCCGCGCCUCAAACGCCUUCAAGGCAAAGAAUACACGUUUUCAGUACCGCAGUCCUCUAGUUCGCAGAAGGAGAAGCAGAAGAUCGAUAAAAAGAUUGCAGAGAAAGCGUACGAGUUCACAGAAGAAACCGAGAAGUGCGAAAAGUUGAGCAGCUUCCGUAAGAAGCGACUGGCAGACAAAAAGUAUGAAUUUUCGGAGGACAAUUCAGAGAAUAUAGUUCCUUUUAACUCCUUGCGCAAGGAGCGUCGAUAUCUAUUUAAGUCGCGGACAAUUAAGUCGCCUGAAUUCAGUGGGUUGUUCCUCAGUCCGCGUUCUUCCGGAAUUCGUUCACCGAUGCAGUCUCCCAACUCACGCCAUGGUCAGUUUAGUCCUGCUGGAAGGAAUAUUUAUUGCCCGGGGCUGCGACAUUCGCCGCACCAUUCCAAAUCGCCGAUUAGUCCGCGCGAGUAUCGGAAAUUUAACGUGUACUCGCCGGGUUUGGACAGCGACUUUUCUGACUAUGACUCCAAGCUUGUACUCAGGCAGAUAAACAAUCUUCCGGAGAGUAACUCGAAGGUGAAUCAACCAGCUGGGUUACUUAUAGUCGACUCGAAGAAGGACGAAUCGUACAAAUGGAUUAAAAAAGUCGUGCGGCGCUUCUCCAAUGGAGAUUUUGAGAAUAGUUCACUGCUUUCCGGACAAAGUAGAGAUGAUUACAACAUCCCUAUCGAAAUACCAAUUCUAGUUCAAACUCUAGCCGAUCAACAUUUAGAUAUAAUACCCGAAUUCAAGGCGGAUCUGGUAACCGAAACUCAACUUAUAGUCACGCAACGCUCGUUCGAUUACGAACAGUUUGUUCAAAGUCGCGCGCAACGGUUGUGCAACGAGCACGAUCUCGUUUUUCUGCAUUGCGAGGACUAUGACAUGGAACUUUUGCACAUCUGUCCGUUGGAAGGAUUCAUAAUCUGUAAAUCUGUGAUAAAAAUCUGCGCGAUGAAAAUGCUCGAACAGACGACCAAUUCAAAACUGCACACGUAUGUUGCGCAGUGCCUGUUCUCGUGGAACAUCCAGAGCAACGCGUUUGAAUUGAUUGAACCGCCGGAGCCAUCCAGACUGCACUUGCACAUUGCAAACGUGAGCGUGCCGAAGCUUGACUACGACCUACCACGCUUCAACGCGCGACCCGUGUUAAUCAUGAACCUGAACGUCAACGAGUCAAAAGAGCAUAUGCGGGAUUAUAACAAUCGGUAUGAAAUUCGUCUAGGCUCCGGGGGCGGUGAUCACUUCUUUUCGCCGCCGGUGUCGCUCGACUCCGAUCUCGAUGACGAUUACCUUUUGAGGGGAUAGAAACAGAGCAAAUAAAGUAAGUACAUAUUUCAUUUCUCAUUUAUGAGUUAAUUGAUAACAAUCGUAUUGCAAAUGAACACAUACAUUAAUAUACAUAAGAUUAUCUGUGAUUAAAUUUGUGAGCGUUAUAAUUAAAUGUGUAUCCGAUAGAUAA